AUGGUUCGAGCGCCGGAGCGUGUCACGUCGCGCUUCUUUCGCAAGCAGGAGGCACAGCGCGUGCCGGACUACUUGGCGAGUGGGCUCGAGGUGCUGUUCUGUGGCAUCAAUCCAGGGGCGGAAUCGGGCGCACAGCAGCGGCAUUAUGCGCACCGCUCGAACCACUUUUAUGCAUGCGUGCACCAGUCGGGCUUGACGACGAAGCGCCUCGCCCCGAGCGAGGACCAUACUUUUCCGUCGCAGGAGCCGUUCCGUCUGGGGUUGACCAACUUGGCACACCGGCCGACGCGCAAGAGCGAGCAGCUUGCCAUGACCGAGCUCGAGAUGGGCGUGCCGGAGCUCGUCGAAAAAGUGCGCACGUACCGCCCCAAAGUGGUAUGCUUUGUAGGAAAGCAAAUUGGGCAAGUCUUUCUCAAGGUGCUACAGAAAAAGAACAAAGUUGGACCUACGAGUGUGCCUCUCUCCUUUCCACCGUCGGUCCUGGGCUUUUGGUUUGCGCCAAAGAAUGCGCCGGACAAGACGUUCCCUGCAAUCGAUGCGGGGUACGGCGUGCUUCCUGCGUGUGUUACCCACGACGACGGGACCGUGACGCUCUUUUUCUCGACACCGUCCACAAGCGCGCGCGUCACACACCACCAGCUGCCGGGCAAGGUGCGCAUCAUGUCUCAUAUCGUGGCGCUUCUCGCGGCGUUUCCCACCGAUGGUUGA